AAGAUCAUAACGCCAAAUGAACGGUCAACGUCGAAAACAUCGCGAGAGGACAACGCGUGAUUACUUGACACAAGUCACCUUUUCGGGAUCCCCAACCUGCAGCCAAUCAGCGACAACGAAACACACAUGGACUCCUGCACGGUGAUAGUCAAGGGGAACAAAGAAGGCUGAUUGAUUACUUUGCAUGGUCUGCCUGAUUAGCUUUACGUUAUCAAGCACGUUUUACGUUUGUUUUUUGAACUGUAGUUCUGAGGCGUGUUGGGAUUUUUUUUUAGCAGCCGAGAAACUCAUUGGUUUGAUACGACUUCUGCAAGCUGCUUAGUUUGUUGGAGCCUCGGAGGACAGCGUCCACUCAUGGAGUCACAUUCUACAUGGUAGAAAAAAAGAGUGUUCAACUACAUCUCUGCGAAUGAGUUAACGUCAGGAUUCCCCACUUAUUUCUUUGGAUCCUUCGUGCCUUCAUCUCCCUCCCCUUUUUUCCCUUUCCCUUGAAACCACCUAACUAUGGGCCAGAAGAUUGCGCUGAGCAUUAAGUCAUUGGAUCUGCGUGGGGAGCCUUCAUCCAGGCUAGUGCAACGAGAAGUGCGAGGUACAGAUUUCUGCUGGCCGCGUCGACUGGAUUUAUUGCUGGACAUGCCCCCAGCCAGUCCUGAGACUCAGCUACACCACGCCUGGAAUCCUGAUGAUCGGUCCCUCAACAUCUUUGUUAAAGAAGAUGAGAAGCUGACGUUCCACCGACACCCGGUUGCACAGAGCACAGACUGUAUCCGAGGAAAAGUGGGCUACUCUCGGGGCCUCCACGUUUGGAGGAUUCACUGGCCAGCAAGGCAGAGAGGCACCCAUGCCGUUGUAGGAGUCGCCACAAUUGAAGCACCUUUACACUCAGUGGGUUACACUGCUUUAGUGGGAUCAGAUUCCGAGUCCUGGGGCUGGGACCUGGGUCGAAACAGACUAUACCACGAUGGAAACAAUCAUCUCGUUUCUUCGACAACACCCAUGUACCCCUGCUUCCUUGAGCCAGAUGAGUCUUUUGUGCUCCCGGACUCCCUGGCGGUCAUACUUGACAUGGAUGAGGGCUCAUUGAGCUUCAUGGUAGACGGACAGUAUCUGGGAGUUGCGUUUCGAGGCUUAAAAGGCAAGAAGCUGUAUCCUAUCGUCAGUGCUGUAUGGGGACACUGUGAAGUGACGAUCCGCUACGUCAACGGACUAGAUCCGGAACCCCUCCCCCUCAUGGAUCUAUGCAGAAGAGAAGCUCGCCUGGCUCUGGGCCGGGAGCGCAUCCAUCACAUUGACUCGCUCCCGCUGCCUCAGAUUCUUAAGAACUACCUCCAGUACCAGUGAUAGUGCGCACGCACUCACUCAGAGGUGGGAGGUACACCUGUUCUUGUCACCGCGACCUUCCAAACUGAACUUGAUUGAAACACAAGAUAGCUGCUGAAUAUGACAACAAGGACGUUGGCUGUGACUCCAAGUUGAUAAAGAGUGUGAAAGGGUGUUUAUUCUGGCUUGCAGUAACAGCGUGGAUACAUAUUCUAAUCACUCUUCCCUAUAUGCCAUGUGGUUCUCGCAUCUUAAUCGCCAGAAACCUCCAUCAAGAGGGCGAAUGUGACAUCCUUUCUCCUCAAUUGAUGAUUUGACGGUCUUUGACUUUGUGGCUGCUUUUGAGACAUUACUUUAGAAACGCACAAAAAAGCACCUUACAUUUCUUUUUGACAUUUUAUUUAAGUGUUACCUUCAGAGUUUUACAUGGUGCUUUUUUUAAAAAUCCCCAAAUUGCUUUUUAAAAAAAAUAGCAUUGUAAUUUUUUUUUUUUUUUUUAACAUAAUUUGGUUUGUCUAAAGGACAUGUUUCUCACAGGAAUCGGGAAAACUUUUAAGCAUCUUUUAAAUGUGAAAAAUAAACUUGGCUAAACU